GCUGAGUCGAACACCCACGCAAUAAACAUGGAGAGCGACUUGAAACAACGUGUUAUGGACUAUAUCCAGACGAAUUCUGUGAAAUUGGUUGCGAAGGCGCCCGCGGCACCCAAGCAAGCAAACCAACCGAAGCAGACGAAUAAGGAGAAGGUGGCCAAGAAGGAAGUAGAGAAAACGGAGAGUAUGAAGGAGCCUGUGGCUAACGACGUUGCUGCUUCUGCCGAAUCGACACCAAAGGAGAAGAAGGAGCAGGAUGUGAAUCCCUGGAGUGUGGAAGCGGGCGAUGAUGGAGUGGACUAUGCCAAGCUGAUCCGCACGUUCGGUUCCUCUCCGAUUUCUCAAGAACUGAUUGAUCGUUUCGAAAAGGUGACUGGGAAGCCUGUUCACCGUUGGCUGCGUCGUGGACUGUUCUUCUCGCACAGAGACCUGAAUUUGAUUCUCGACGCGUACGAGAAGGGAGAGAAAUUCUAUCUCUACACGGGAAGAGGCCCCUCUUCGGGAAGUCUGCAUCUCGGGCAUCUGAUCCCCUUCUUCUUCACCAAGUGGCUGCAGGACGUGUUCCACUGCCCCCUGGUGAUCCAGCUGACCGACGACGAGAAGUUCCUGUGGAAGAAGCUCACGCUCGACGAGUGUCGGCAGAUGUGCAUCGACAACGCGAAGGACAUCAUUGCCUGCGGAUUCGACCCCAAGCUCACCUUCAUCUUCAACGACAUGCGCUACAUCGGCGAGAUGUACCCCAACAUCGUCCGCAUUCAGAAGUGCGUCACCGUCAACACCGCACGUGCCAUCUUCGGCUUCUCCGACGACUCCAACAUCGGCCAGCAAGCCUUCCCCGCGAUUCAAGCGGCGCCGUCGUUUUCGUCGUCUUUCCCGCGGGUUCUGUGCUCGUCGAAGCUCCGCUGUCUGAUCCCGUGCGCGAUCGACCAGGACCCGUACUUCCGCAUGACGCGCGACGUGGCGGUGCGUCUGAAGGAGUUCAAACCGGCGCUGAUCCACAGCAAAUUCAUCCCGUCGCUGACGGGGCUGGGGACGAAGAUGAGCGCGUCGACCCAGAACACGUGCAUCUACGUGACGGACACGGCGAAUCAGAUUAAGAACAAGAUUAACAAGUACGCGGUGAGCGGAGGAAGGGAGACGGAGGAGGAGCAGCGGAGAUUGGGAGCCGAUCUGGCGAAGGAUAUUCCGUAUCAGUAUCUGGAGUAUUUCCUGGAGGACGAGGAGGAGCUGAUGCGCAUCAAGGCGGAGUAUGCGAGCGGAAAGAUGCUCACCGGGGAAGUCAAGAAGAUUCUGAUAAAGGAAUUGCAGACGCUGAUCGGAGAGUUCCAGGAGCGGAGAAAGAACGUGACGCAGGAGGUCGUGGACCAGUUCUUUGCGAUUCGGCCGUUGGAAUUUUGA